AGAUACUUGCCAACAACCGGCUAACUGUGUGAUAGCGGCAGCACUUAGGUUUUAUCUGAUGACAAAUUGACCCACUGAAUAAAUUAUACUCAAAUUUGUCGAGUACAUUUUCCCAGUUUGUAACUUUAAUGCUUUACAAAGCUGAAAUGUGUUGGUGCCGGUAUGAAAACGUCAAACAAGUACAGAGGAGAUCUUCACGGACUACAUUGUCCAAUUUCUGAUGUACAUUUGUAUCUGCUGGGGAUUUAUUUGCUUGAAUUAAUGAGAGGCUGCUGAACUUUAAACUGUUGUAUUGUGGAGUCAUUUGGCAGCAGGGGGUACAGGGAGCAGAUGGCUCUGACGGACUGUAACUAACCCAACAGAGAAGGGAGUUUAGUGCAUGCUGGGAACGACUGGAGACAAAGGGGAGCGAGGGAGGCUGAUGUGGAACAUUGAUGCAGCGCAAGAAAUGUGUAUUUCAGAUUGUCCUGGCAUAAAAGCCGUGAAUCUUUUGAGCUGGCUCAUUGAGGCAUUGAGCUGGCUGUUGCCCUCUGACCUUGCUUUCUGCAGCACAGUUUGGCAUUCAGAGUACACAGUCACCUUGCCAAUGACAAUCACUCUCUAAGGCUAUGACAUCACUCCAGAGAAAGGAGAUGAGGAGGAGGAAGGAUAUGGGUUGGUUGUGGGGGGGGCGGUCGUCUCUUGCUCUACAAAACCGCUGCAGCAUCCCAGCUGAUGCCCCAACAUGCAGCUUCUGCCAAGAGGACAGACGCAAGAGGAAGAACAAUCCUUUAAAUUCCAUCACGGAGCGAAGAGUCGGAGGAGUCCCCCGAGUGAGCUGGUGGUGCUCCCUGCAGGUGCCAACAAGUGAGAGGAGACCGAGAACAGAGAUGGAGACGAGUCUGUGAGAGCAGAAGAAACCCCGAGACCCUCAGAACCCAAACCGUGUGUUUCCAGCUCCAGUUGUUCCUUCCUGUCCGUGGACUCCGCUGCCAUGCUGUGCCCCGUGCUGCUCUGUGCCGCUCUGCUCCUCCUGACACCUCUGGAGAUCUCGGAGGCUCGUGCUCUGCACCCUCCUCCUGAUGCUGUGCAGUUUAUGGAGCAGUUUCUGGAACGCUACAAUGACCUUUUGACCCUGGACGACCUGGAGAACCUGUUGAACAGUCAACCAGAGGAGCAGUCCACCUUCACCGCCGGGGUCAAAGCGGCCGAGUACCCCAAAUGGGCGGAUGCUCAAACGGGGGCUGAGAGCCCGUGGCUGCGCCUGCUGAAGGGGGCGAUGGCCAAUCAGAAGCGCGCAGGACCGGACCGGUCACGGAGGGGAUGGAACCGAGGAUGCUUUGGGCUGAAACUGGAUCGGAUCGGGUCCAUGAGCGGACUGGGCUGUUAGUGGGGAGAAGAUACAGACUGAUGACAUCCUACUUAGUCAUAAGGGAAACACAAAGGAUGUUCACGUGUGCUGAAGGAUGUUUACAUGUGUGUGUAGUGUUGUGUAAAUGUGCAGCAUUCCCAAUGUGGCUUCAUCCAGCGUAGAUCUGUAUUAACACAGCAGCUGUAGUUUAUUCCCUAUUAAACUGAAUAUUAGAACAUUGUGUGAACUGUAUUUACAUCAAAUGAUCGUCAUUGGUUUCUGGGCUUGUUUUGAAGUAAGUGGUACUACCAUUUGUCUUCAUACAGUAAAUGUGAUUUAGGCAAUUGUUAAAUCUAUGGAUUGGGAGUGUGUAAUGGAUGUAGAUGUUAAAAUAUGAUGGGACCUGUGAUUCCUGCUGUGUUUUUGUGUCAUUAGUAUGAAUAAAUUUGACGGCUGUA